AUGGGUUUGCUGAUGGAAAUACGUACAAGAGACAUAAUAGAUCUAAGUAUUUCUAUUUUCACUUACCUUUACAUUACGUAUCUUCUGUGUAGAACUCUAGGAAAUUUUGAUCUAAUAAGAAAAAUAAAAUCCUUUGAAUAACUCAAAGAGUAUAUUAAUUUUAAUGAGCAAAAUUUUUAUAACAACAAAUCAUACAAAAAUAAGUUAGAUAUUUUGUGCCCAAGCAGUUUAGAAGCUUGGGAUAACUCUAGAAAGUUAUUAUUGCAGCACGAAAAAAGUUUGCUGAUUGAUUUGGAGGUUGCAUAUAUCUGCUUAACUUUUUAAUACUUAUUUGUGACUGUUAUUUCAGCAUCAGGUUUAUAUGAAUUCUAUUGGAUAAUUCCAAAAUAGUCUAUUUUACUAAGCGAUUCAGUUGUAAUAAUGAGCACACUUAACUUUGUUUUCCUUUCUAUAUUUUUCUUAUAUAGAUUCUAUAAAGGUACUCAAUUUAAUGAAUGCUUUGAUAACCUUUAGUUAUCUACAGUCGAACUGCUAGACGUUAGAUUCCUUAAUGAAAGUAAAUUAAGAUUCUGUAUAUGCAAUCAUAAUUAAAAAGAUAAAAAAGAUGAGUAAAAAUAUAAUCAAAUCUUAGAAUUCUUAUUUGGGUUAAACUUAUGCUAUUGA